GACCUUUACCUAAAAGUCCCUUCUUCAGAAUUGGGUACCUUUCUUUUCUCCCUUUAGUUUCUCUCUAUUUUGAUUUAUUGUGGAUUUUGGAAUUAUUCUAAGGUAACUAAUAGUAUUUUGGAUUCCAUUGCUAUGUCUCACCUAUGGUUUGGAUAAUAUUUUCUCUCCUAUAGAUUUUGUGCAUACUAUACUUUUGGUUUUGAAAACAAAAGUACAAACACUAUAAGUAGAAUUGGGUAGUUUUGUAAGUUUGAAAGCUGGAAAGGUGAGUUAAACUAAGCAUUUUUGUAUUGUAGCUUGAAAUGCCAUGCUUAAGAAGAGAGAGAAUACUGUACUUGAAACAAGAUCUUCUGCUGCUAAUGGCCAUGGAAACAUCAAGCAAAAGAAGGUAGGAAUUGCAGUUGGUGUGAUUAUUUUCGGAUUAAUCACAUGUGUCAGCAUAAUGAUUAUACAUCCAGGGACAAGAAAAAUAAUUUACAGAGAAAAACAGAUGCAAGAAGAUAUUGAUCUACCAGCAUUCAAUUUCUCAGUCUUAGCUAAAGCUACCGAAAAAUUUUCAAGCAGUAACAAACUUGGAGAAGGUGGUUUUGGAGAAGUAUACAAGGGUACAUUGACUGAUGGGCAAGAGUUAGCCAUAAAAAGACUUUCAAAAAAGUCUGGCCAAGGGUUGGAAGAGUUCAAAACUGAAGUGGCGUUAAUAGCCAAACUUCAGCAUCGUAAUCUUGUGAAGCUUCUUGGUUUUUGCAUUCAAGGAGUAGAAAAAAUAUUGGUCUAUAAAUACAUGCCAAACAAAAGCCUGGACUACUUCAUUUCUGGUUGGACCCUUUUCUACUGUAUAUUCUAAAAUAUUUAUGACAAUAUUAAUAUUUCAUAUGUAUAGUUUGUGUAGUUUUGAAUUCUACAAGUGGUAAACUAAGCAUGUCUACUUGAUUUUUAGAUGAAAUUAGAAGGAAGUUGCUAGAUUGGCC